AUGAACUCAAAGUUGGAGGGAUACGUCAUCAUGACUUUUGAUUGUGUACCAACCAAGGAGGACUGUGCUGAUGCCUGUUCGUUUAACAACGACUGCCAUAGCAUCAACUUCUUCCAGGCUAACAAAACAUGCGAGCUGAAUAAUGCUAAUCACAUWUCAWGCCCWGWRAGUCUGAUCAAUGUAACAGGCAGUGACUACAUCAAUUAUGACAAACGACCUCCAACAAAGUGUCAAAGCAAAGCCGCUCUUGGUAUGGAGGACGGACGAAUCGCUAACGAUCAACUCAGCGCAUCUUCAGCAUACGGGAAAUAUCCAAAAUUCGCGGCAUUGAAUGCUCGACUGAACAACCCAACUAGAUUCUGGUCCGCGAGAUACGCCAAGGUCGCUCAGUGGAUUCAAAUAAAGUUUGRCGUUCCACAUACCAUAGUUGCCAUAGCAACUCAGGGUGCAAAUAGGAUAGGCCAAUGGGUGAAGACCUACACUGUAGGAUACAGCAAUGAUGGAGUCAACUUUGCUGACUACAAUAAUUCUCAAGUGUUCGUUGGUAACAAUAACAGGAAUACUGUGGUCAAAAACGAGCUUAAACUCAAGCUGAAGGCAAAGUUYGUUAGAGUUUAUCCAAAGACUUGGUAUGGAUGGAUUGCUAUGAGACUUGAGUUUUAUGGCUGUGCUCUUUAA